GGACUGCUUAGCAUGCAGAUUGUCAACAGUUGAAAUCAGGGCUAGUUGUUUCAUUAACUUUUAAAUCAGACCCGUGUAUGGGCUCAUCACAGGGCUGUAUCGACUGAUUACUUAAUACGUUUCAUUGUUUCCACCAUGGCAGCCGACUGGGAGGAAAUCAGGCGACUAGCUGCAGACUUUCAAAGAGCACAGUUUGCAGACACUGUCCAAAGGUUGUCAGAAAGGAAUUGCAUAGAAAUAGUCACCAAACUGGUGGAAGAAAAGAAACUGGAUGUUGUGCACACUCUGGACGGGAAGGAAUACAUUACACCAAGUCAGAUUACCAGAGAAAUCCGAGAUGAACUCUACAUCCAUGGAGGUCGAAUCAACAUUGUGGACUUGCAAAAAAUCAUCAAUGUGGACUUGGUACAUGUUGAAAAGAGAGCCAAUGAAAUCGCAAGGUCUGAUAGAAACAUUCAACUGGUCCUCGGGCAGCUAAUCGACGAGAGUUACCUGAACCGCAUUGCAGAAGAGGUCAAUGACAAAUUGCAAGAGGCUGGACAAGUCACCAUUCCUGAACUCUGCAAAAGCUAUGAUCUACCAGGGGACUUCCUCACAGACGAGCUGUCCGCACGUAUUGGUAAGAUCAUUGAAGGCCAGAUGGACCAAUACAAUCGGGGCGUCAUCUUCACAGAGGCCUUUGUGAUGCGUCACAAAGCACGAAUCCGAGGACUCUUCAGUGCAGUCACGCGGCCAACUCCCGUUAAUAAUCUGAUCAGCAUUCAUGGGUUUCAGGAACAUCUUCUGUAUUCGGUGCUAGAGGAGCUGAUCGACACUGGCCGUCUGAAGGGCUCGGUGGUGGGCGGCCGGCAGGACAAGGCCGUCUAUAUACCCGACAUCUACUCCAAGACGCAGAGCAACUGGGUCGACUCUUUCCUCAAGCAGAACGGAUACCUUGAAUUUGAAGCCUUGGCGCGACUGGGUAUCCCGGAUCCUGUCAAUUACAUUAAGAAGCGGUUUAAGUCCAGCAAGCUGCUCUUCCUGAAGUCCGCCUGCGUGGGCCAGACUCUAGUGGACCAACUGGAGGCCUCGGUGGAGGAAGCCGUCAACUCUACUACCUGGACUGACCUACAGCCAAUGAUACCCAGCAGUCUGACGGAUGAGGAUGUGGGCAUGCUAAUCGGCCAGGUCAUGAGGACCACUAAGGUGCAGUCGUCUGCCAGGGUGCUGAGCGACACCGUGGUGGUUAGCGAGAAGUUCAUCAGCAACUGCCAGGCGCUGUUUGACGAGACCAUGCAGCAGAAGGCACAGAAGGAAGUCAAAAGCAAUCCAGUAUUUUUGAUCACAGAAGAGGAUCUCAAGCAGCCGUCUGUGUUGGCUGAAAACACGGGCACCUCCAGAAAGGAGAAGAGGGAUGAGCAGCGCAGGAAGAAAGCCACAGAGGGCAGUGGCAGCGUGAAAGGCGGCGGUGGGGGCAAUGCCCGUGAAAUCAGGAUUCGCAAAACCAAGAAAAAGGGCACGAGGAAAGACGACGACAGCGACGAUGAAAGUGGACCCCCUGCACAAAAUCCCAAUAGACCAUCAGAGGUCCCUUUCUUGUCUGUUGAUGAGAUUGUUGGGGUGUUGGAGGAGAAGGUGUUGGACUGUUCAGAGGAGAUGCUCCUGGAUCUUGCGGAACAUUUAAUGAGGCCUCUGACGAAAGCGUACCAGGAAGUGGUCCGAACAACGUUCAUGUCGUCGAGCUCAUCGAGUUCGGGUGGCAGCAGCCGGAAGCAGAACGUGAAGGAGCUUCAGGAGGAGGUCUCCAACCUCUACACCAGCAUCAAGCUCUUCGACAAGGGCACCAAAAUCUUCUCCGAUGACACUCAGGCAAACAUCGCCAAGCACGUGCUGAAAACCGUGUGCUCGGAUGUCACCAACAUUCUCAUCAACUUUGUAGCGACAGAUGGCCUGAUCACUUCAGACAGUUCUGGUGCCAUCACUAAUGAGGUUCGUUCGAAGAUCUUGGCAAAGCUGCCCAAUGAGACCAAAGCUCCUCUGACAAAGCUGCACAACAGUCUUAAUGGAAAGAGCAUUGAGGAGUUUGUUGGCAGUUUAGAAGUUGCUGCUGAGGAAUGUGGCUUCAUGUUGAAGAAAGCUGACAAGAAGAGAGAAAGGCAGGCCCUCUUCCAGCACAGGCAGGCCCUGCUGGAGCAGCUGAGGCAGACGGAGGACCACGCGCUGGUGCUGCACCUGACCAGCGUGCUGCUCUUCCAGGCUGCCACCCACUGCAUGCUCCACGCGCCCGGACGCUGCGUGCCCAACAUCAUAGGCACGCUGGUGGGCAAGAUACCUGAGGAGCAACACAAGCUGCUGUCCCACUACCAGUCGCUGGUGGUGAAACAGCUGGUGGGCCAGGGCCAGGGCAAGAGAGCGGAGCAGGACGGAGGGGACGGGGACACGGAAGACGCCGAGGCCAUUCACAAAGAGCUGCUCACUCUCACGCCGCAAGUCAAAGACCUCGCCCUCGCCCAGAAGAAGAACUCUGUGACUGAGGAGUAAAGGGGAUCAAGGCAACGGACAACUCAGCGGAAUAUUAAUUUCAUCCUAAAGCAUAUUAUUAAAACAAAUAAUUUAAUUAAACAAAGUAUUUGAUGAUGUCACUGCUUUGUGGGCAGGUAAAGACUGCAUCUGAAGGGAUAUGUCUUCUCAUUCAAUCUCGUCGAUUACUGGGAGUUGUAUUGGGAAAGACGCAUUUUCUUCCAGCCUUGUAAAUGUAAAAUGGCCUUUGCUGAUCAAACCAGGGGCUAUUAUACUGUAUGUAGUAAAGUUUAUUGCCAUGCUUCCUUAUAAGUCAACACCAAGUGACUUGUAAACAUCAAAACGGGAAAAAUCAUGUGGUUUUAUUUUCUUAACGAAACAAAGCCUUCGGGCUCUGAAUGUGAAAGGUCUUACUCUGCUCUGUUAAAGAUGUCCAGUAUUUUGAUUAAACAUGAUUUCUGGAAUA